AUGGCUAAAGUUAACGUUACCGCCCUUAUACUUAGCAGAAAAAUAUGGGUAUGUGAACACAUGAGCAAGUUUGAAAGAUCAAAAGGAAUUUUCCUUCAUGAUAACCCAUUUAGUUACACAUUGCCAGUGCUGUUUUUACAAACCUCUUUAGUUUCUCUCUUGACCACAAUUUUACAAUUCAUGCUUGCACCACUUGGACAAAGCAGCUUCGUUCCACAAAUGCUGGCUGGCAUAAUAGCAGGACCAUCAGUUAUGGGGCAAAGUGAGUUCAUAAAAAAAUGGCUAUUCCCACCAAAAACAUUCUACGUAAGUGAGACAAUCGCAUUUUUUGGAUGCAUGAUGUACAUGUUCUUAAUCGGAAUAAAAAUCGAUCUAAGUCUGGUUGUAAGAUCAGGGAAAAAAGCUUGGGCGAUUGGAAUACUUUCAUUUUUCGCACCACUGAUAAUGAGCGUAUCAACGGCACUUCUACUAAGAAAACUAAUGAUAAACCCUGAUGAAGUUCUCUAUGAAUCCAUAUUUUCUGUUGCAUUUAUCUUAUCAACUGCUUCAUUUCACGUCACCGCGAUUCACUUAGCCGAUUUAAAGCUAUUAAACUCCGAAAUGGGUCGAAUGGGGAUAUCUGCAUCCAUGGUUAGUGGAACCAUUUCAUUAGUCUGGAUUACGUCUGUCGUCGCACAGAGACAAGCAAAUUCAAGGAAAGAUAGUUCUUCUAUAGAUUCGAUGACAAUUUGUUUGCUGGCUAUGAUUGCUUUCACAAUAUGUGUUUUACGUCCCAUAAUGUUUUGGAUGAUAAGACAAACACCAGAAGGGAAACAAAUUAAAGAAUCGUACAUACUUUCGGUAUUUUUAAUGUUAUUAGGCUGCUCGUUAUUUAGUGAGGUUAUUGGAGAACAUUUUAUGCUUGGUCCUGUAAUUUUUGGCAUGGCUGUACCUGAUGGACCGCCAUUAGGAUCAGCAUUGACUGAAAGAUUGGAAACAAUGGUGUCAACAAUAUUUUUGCCAUUGUACUUUCUUUAUAGUGGUGCUAGUUUCAAAUUUUUCGUAAUUGAUGCUCGUACCUUUGCAAUUGUACAAGUUGUUGCUGUAGUUGCAUAUUUGGGGAAGGUUGGUGGUACUAUGUUGCCUUCAAUUUAUUCGAAGAUGCCAGUUAAUGAUGUUCUAUUUUUAGGACUACUUAUGAGUGCUCAAGGCAUCACACAAGUACUUUACUUGCAGACUUCUUUCAACCUUUAUUUUAUGGAUGCAGAAAUAUAUGGUAGUGGGUUGAUAGCUGUUCUAUGGUUAACAGGAAUAACCACACCCAUUUUGAAAUUCCUAUAUGACCCAUCUAAGAGAUAUUUGUCCUUAAAUAAGAGAAGAACCAUUGAACAAUCAACUUCAGAUAUUGAGCUACGUCUCAUGGCAUGUGUACACAGUCAAGAAAACACACCAUCCAUUAUCAAUCUUCUUGAAAUGUCAAACCCUUCUUUGGAAAAUCCUAUUUGUUUCUAUGUCCUACAUCUUAUUCAACUUAGAGGAAGAUCAGCACCACUUUUCGUAGAUCAUCAACGAACAAGCAACAAGACAAAAUCGUCGCACUCCUCUAGUUCAAAUCACAUAAUAAAUGCCUUUAGAUCAUAUGAGCAACACAAGUCAAAUAAUGUGAUUGUGAAACUUUUCACAUCGAUCUCGCCUUUUGAGACAAUGCAUGAUGAAAUAUGUUUGCAAGUAGCUGAAAAGAGAGUGUGUUUAUUGAUUUUGCCUUUUCAUAGACAAUGGAGACCUAACGGAAUGACAGAAGCAGCACACCCGGUUCGAGCUUUAAAUCGCCACUUGCUCAGAAAGGCACCUUGUUCUGUUGGGAUUCUAAUCGAACGUGGCACUUUGAAUAGGAACAACCCUUUAACUAGUGUCUCAUUCUAUAGUGUUGGAAUAGUUUUCAUCGAAGGUGAGGAUGAUCGCGAAGCGUUAGCAUACGCGAUGCGAAUGGCGAAUCACCCAAACGUAAGGAUCACAUUGGUUCGAAUAAUGGAGCCUAGAAAGAAAAAUAAGAACUUGCUGAAUAGGGAUCCGGACGGCGAUUUGGUUCACAGGUUUAAAGUGGAUUGUAUUCAAAUUAAACGUCAUGACUAUAAAGAGGAAAUAGCAAAAGAUAGUGUUGAAAUGAUAAAUGCUAUGAGGUCACUUGAAGGUUGUUUUGAUUUGAUUUUGGUUGGUAGAAGACAUACAAGUGAGUCAUGUUUGUUUAGUGGACUGACUGAAUGGAAUGAGUAUCCCGAACUCGGUCAUUUGGGAGACAUGUUAGUGGCUUCAGAUUCUACUUUUGAUGGUUCUGUUUUGGUGGUUCAGCAGCAAAAGAGAUCAGGGAUUGGUUAUCAUGAUUUGCGUCUAGAUUCCGGUAUCAUGACAAGGCAAGAAACCUUGACCAUUGUCGAAGUACCUCGUGAUAGAUAG